AAGACUAAUUAUUUUAUCUGGUAGCACUGGAUGUUUUUUCUUUAUUUUGAUCAUGUCGGCGCUUGGUGUUUGUGCGCGAAGUUUUGUUUGUUUUUAUAAGUAUUCCACCUGUACCGUAUCAACAAUGCGAGCAUAACACAGCUAUGAUAAUUACUGAGCUGAUGCGCCGGUCCAGCUAGCGCCAAGAUGCCAUAUUACUGCACAGUGCCGCGUUGUACAUCGAUGGCCGGUAAAGCCAAGAAUGUAUCGUUUCAUCAAUUUCCAAGAGACGAGGAGCUCGCCAAGCUAUGGAAUCGCAUACUGAAGAGAGGAAAGCCUUACACUAAGUACUCCAAAGUGUGCAGUUUGCAUUUUAAGCCGGAAGAUUAUACUAUAACGAGCGUGGGAAAAAAUAAGGGACAGUGGAGAACCCUCCGGAAGGAUGCCAUUCCAUCACAGAACCUCCCCUCGGAGUCCCCGGUGCCCUACACGAGACAAUCGCCAGGAUGCUGGGUGCCAAGCCAACCUACGAUGACGGAUCCUAUGGUGCAACAACAAAUGGCUCAAGCCAUAUACAUGCAGACGAUGCUCGCCAUGCAGGCCGCCGGCGCGUCCGACUCCGUCCCUGUGAGCGAUCAACCAACUCCGUUGCCUGAAUCUACCAAUCCAAGCCCCUCAGGCAGCUCUCACUCUGAGAUAGAACUCCUACUAAGAAGAGACACAGAACACCCUAAAGAGGUCACCUAUAAAUGCCACGAGUGCUCCAAAUGCUUUAAAGACCCCGAUGUGUUCAUCCUCCACAAAAGGACCCACAAGAACAACACCACGCAACUCGAAAAGGAAAACUAUAGCACCAACAUUCAAGACCGAGAAGAAACGCUAAGAGCUAAUCCGAUUUUAGCUAAUUUGCUUAAGUCUAGUAUGAGACUAGAACCAGAAACGAAUAUGUCAAAUAUAUUGACAGUUGAGAACCAAAUCAUGGCAGCGUUAGCGUCUAAUAUGGAGGCGUAUAUAAGAACGCUAUCAUCUAUGUUGACAAGUCAAUCUAAUAAAGAAACAGAGGUAAAUAAUGAUGAUAACAAUCAAGAUGGUUCUGAUUAUGAAAAUGAGACAAAAGAUGAAAAUAAACAAUUAGAAGAUACAGAUGAAGAAAGGAUGUGCGUGGAUACGGAUAAAGAUGAAAAUCCUAUGGAUGAAAAUGAAGUAAAAGAUGAAGAUAUACAUGACAGAUUUAAAGUCCAAGUCACGGCGUGUGUAAGUCGAAUAGAAUCGCCUGUAGACGAAGAUCACGUUUUCUCUAAUGAUGUUAAUGCUGAUAAUUCAAUGAAAGAUGAGUGUACAGAAAACCAAAGUGAUGAUACAAUUAUGAAUGAUAAUGAAUCCAUAGAAACAAUACACCAGGCUUCAAGUAAUCAUGAACAUGAAAGUAAUGAAAAAGUACACGAAACUUUAAAUAAUCAUGAAAAUUAUGAGACAGAAAGUAAUGACAGAAUAGAGUCUGCUAAAGAUAAGAUUGAAGCGCAAAAUGACGAAAUUUUUCAGAAAAAUCAUGAGAAUUUAAAUGAAACCAAAAUGCUUGAUGAUGAAACAAGCAGAGAAGAAAUGAAAGAAACCAUAAUAGAUGAAAAUCACGUGAAUGCAGUUAACGAAAUAGUUGAUGAUACAGCGAGAGAAGCAUCUGAUGAUGAAAACAUCGUAAGAACAGAUAAUACGGCAAAUAAUGGACAGAAAGAGGCUUUUACAGAUGAUCACAAGCCAAAUGAUGGAAUAAAUGAUAAUGAUAAUGACAGACAAGAUGAAAUGUUCGAAGAUAAUGGUAAGUUAGAUCAGGAUAAUCCUGAAUGUGAUAGUGAUGUAGAAACAGAGUUAAUUAGAAUAGAAUUAGAACUAGAAACUUGA